AUGGAAAUUGAUUCAAACCCUACUGAAAAUUCUUCUCUUCAAAACGACGAUAGCAAAUAUCCAGGCAAUGUUGUUGCUACUGAACUUCCCUGGGUUGAAAAAUAUCGUCCGUUUUUAAUGAAAGACGUAAUAGGAAAUGAGGAUGUUGUCAACAGAUUACAAAUAAUUGCUCAACAAGGAAACAUGCCUAAUAUGCUUUUAUCCGGCCCGCCCGGUAUUGGUAAAACGACAAGCAUCCUAUGCUUAGCAAAUGAAUUAUUGGGUCCUCAAGCCAAAGAUGCUGUAUUAGAGUUAAAUGCUUCUGAUGAUAGGGGUAUUGACGUUAUCAGAAAUACAAUUAAAACAUUCGCGCAAACUAAAGUCACACUUCCAGCUGGCAGGCAUAAAAUUGUUAUUCUUGAUGAAGCUGAUAGCAUGACUGCUGGUGCUCAGCAGGCUCUUCGUCGUACUAUGGAGAUUUAUUCUAAUACAACCAGGUUUGCUUUGGCGUGCAAUACGGCAAAUAAAAUCAUCGAACCUAUUCAAAGUAGAUGCACUAUUUUAAAGUAUAGUAAAUUGUCGGAUAAGGCAAUAUUGAAGAGAUUAAAGGAAAUUUGUGAACUUGAAGGUGUAAAAUAUAAUUCGGAAGGUCUUGAAGCGAUCAUUUUCACAGCUGAAGGGGAUAUGCGUCAGGCUGUCAACAACCUUCAAUCUGCAUUUAUAGGAUUCAGUUUUGUCAAUGCCGAAAAUGUUUAUAAGGUUUGUGAUCAACCGCACCCUGGAGCGGUAUCAAAGAUUCUUGAUAAUUGCUAUAACUAUAGGGUGGAUGAAGCGUUGACAGGAUUGACUGAACUGUGGGAAAAAGGUUACAGUGCGUUGGAUAUUGUUACAACAUUGUUUCGCGUAGUGAAGUUUAAUAAUGAAUGGCCAGAAGGUCCAAAAUUGGAUUUUAUAAAGGAGAUUGGAUUUGCUCAUAUGAAAGUUUUGGAAGGCGUUUCCACUCAUCUCCAGCUCACUGGCCUUGAAUAUUAA